AUGUGCAAAGGUCUUUCCUCCCUGCCUUCCUCCUGUCUGGAGAAGGCGAAGGGGAUGAGAGUGAAGCUCAGCCACCUGGCUGAGAUCCACCACAAGCAAAAGGUGCAAGAUGGAAAAGUUCUCCAGGACCUCGAAGCUCUGCUAAACAACAAAAUUGGUCUUCAAGCGUUUCGAGGCUUCCUGCGCUCAGAGUUCAGCGAGGAGAACCUCGAGUUCUGGCUGGCCUGCGAGGACUACAGGGUUUCCUCUUCGAACCUGCAGAAGAUCAAGGCCGGCAGCAUCUACAGCCAGUUCAUCAACCCUGACGCCCCGCUGGAGGUGAACCUGGACGCCGAGACCCGCGAGGCUCUGCUGAGUGUCACGGACUCUCCGUGCGCAGACACUUUUGACGAAGCCCAGCAGAGGAUCUACAGUCUGAUGGCCAAAGAUUCCUUCCCUCGGUUUCUGCGCUCUCAUCACUGCGUGGAGGCCAUCAAAGCUUUAUAA